CGCCAUCUUGGCAUUUACAUUUUCUUGAAAAGAACAUCAUGGCUUCAAGUCCUGUCAGAGAUGGUGAAGAUGAUGACUAUAUGAGAAAACUAGAGACCAUUAGAGAUAUAAGGUAACGAAUCAUCUCUUUUUAAAGUCGAUGUCUGCAAUUUUUUUCCUCGAUCUGUACUUCUCUGUGACAAUUUUAGAAAGGUUUGAAAUUUCCUUGCGUAGCAUUCAUCAAAUGACUCUUCAAUUGAAACCAUCGAUAGUUUCGUUUUGUUAAAUGUGUUAAACGCCCUAAAUUGUACCAGCAUGAGUUUUAAACAUCCUGGGCUUAAUUUAAUAAACGUUUUCGUCACCAUUUGCUUUCAAAUAUUUGUUGUAUAGUUUUGGAAAUCGGGUGCACGCAACAGCGAGAUAUUUCUCAAAAAUAAUAAUUUUGCUGCACCGAAAAAGCAUUAUUGCAUUUUGACGCUAUUGUUCGGGUGAAACGUUUCAGCUGUUGAUCAUAAAUGAAAUAAAUCCAUCAUUUUGGAAUGGGCAAUCUAUCUUCCACCUCGAAAUCCUACUGAAGAGUUUCCAAAACUAUCAACCUUUUUUUUAUCUUUUCAAAGGGCCACUGGCCUUUUACGAGGCAAUCAAUGAGCGUGAAUCCUCCCUUCCUUCUUUUGUGCUUUAAGGACAAAGAAAUAUGAUCGCUUAAUUUUUUUUUGUUUAAGAGUCAUAUUUCUUUGUUUCUGGCAAAAUACAUAUUCCUCUGUUCCUGAUGCCAUACUCAAAUGCAGCCAAGCAAUGGCCAUCAGGCAGAUCGAUCUUUUUUUUCAUUUUUAUUUCAAAUGGAUCACAAGUUUGAGUUAUGAGUACCAUUAAAAUCUCUCUUAUUCUUGUGAGGUUAGUGCAGCUUUUUAGCGUCACAUUUUUCAUUUAAAAUAUUAACAGUAAAACCAUAAAAAUUUGAAAUACAGCCAAACCUUGUGAUCAAGGAUUUUAGACUGCUAUCUUUUCAUAUUUUCCGAUGUUUUUGGACAGUUUAUAUGAAUGCCAGAUAAACCUGUAAAGUUUUCCAUACACUCAUGUGUUAAAUUUAUCAAGUACAGUAGGAAGGAUUUCAAUGUUUGUUAGGAUAUUUGUUGGUUGGAGAAAUGGCAUCUGUUAUCAUGAUGAGGUUUCUUUGUUGUGUUUAUAUAUUACUCAAAUUUGUACACAAAAGCUCUCUGAAUCUUAGGUUGAGUACAUAUAAUUUGAACUUGCCUUUUCACCAGACACUGUGUUGCAAAAAACAUGCUUGAUUUCUGUGAAAAUUAAAUCAGAUUCUUUCUCAUCAUGAAGGUUUUUUUAUUGACAACAAUUGUACCAGUGAAUAAUCAAUAUUUUAUGUUAUCUGUUAGCACCCCUUUUGUAAUGAAACCUCUGUUUUGAAAUUCUUAGAAAAUACCCUCUAUCUAGUUGGUUGUGUAUUGAUGACCAUGAAUCCAGAAAAGGAAAUACCAUACAUGUACAGAUGUGCAAUAAGGCAAAUACCUAGAAUUUACUCUAGGCUUUCCUCUUCCAUGCCUGCAAUUAAAGGCUGGAGUAAAUAAAACAAUACAAGAAAAACAGUGUUUUAAAAUUGGCUUCACUUACCAUGUGGCUUCAUAACUCAGUUGACCAUAGCACCAAAGUAGUAUCUGGGAGGCAUGGGUUGGAAUCUUGUGAAAGCCAUUAAUUUUCAGGGUUUUUUUCUGCAAUAGCUAAAAUUGUGUCAACCUGCAUGGAUCAUUUCUUUGUGUUUGAAAAACUGUUCUAUCAAAUCUUGAUUGCAGGGUGAAGACAUCCCAGUUGGAAAAACUAAAAUCUCAGCUUAUUCAUGAGUUAGAUGUAGCAGAGAAGGAAAGUAAACUGCUUAAGGACUAUAAGGGAGAAAUGGAAGCUCUCCUACAUGAGAAAAUGGCGCAUGUAGAAGAACUUAGACUUAUCCAUGCUGACAUCAAUUUGGUAAGUUAAAAGAUCUGUGGAACAUGCCAUAUGGAUAGAUUUCUGUUAUUUAUUCUGCAUUCUGCAAGAGACUCAUUGAUGAAUUACAAACCAAUCUCUUUAGAAUGUGGCAAGAAUGCCUACUCUACCAUGCCCGUGUCAGGGAAAUUCACUAGAAACACUUGUCCCUUGUUAAAUCACUUAUAUGAUACACAGGCCAUUACCCACACAGGCUAAGCUCCUCAUUGUAAAUGUGCAAGAUCUUGUCAUGUAACUUUCCUUUGCCUCCCUUUUUUUGUUCAUAGUAACAGACUUUUCUCUUUUUUUUCUUCUUCUUCUUCUUUCCUUCUCCUUUCACAGUCAUUUAUUCAUCUCCUCAUGGGUUUAUUACAAACCAACAUGAUGACCAGCUCUCAGUUGGAUUGUUAGCUCAGUUGGUAGAGCACUGCACCAGUAUCUCAGAGGUCAUGGGUUCAAAUCUUGCAUGUACAAGAUUAGUUUCAUUUUCAAUUCUUCAAAUUCACAGUUCACAUAUAUGAUUCUCACAUAUUCAUAAUUAGUAUGAAGUACUGUAUGUUGGGUUUUUUAGGAUAAUUUCCAACUAACCUGAAAUGCAAACUCUUUCAGUAUACAAAAUGGUGUUAUUGGGUCAUUGAUUCAUUGUCAUUAUGUUGUGUCUAGGUGCCUCAGUUAUGUGAAAAAUGUUUAGAAUUUUUUGGCAAAUCUGGUUUUGAUCGUGUUUGUUAUUUUUUGUUUUAUUUAUUUUUUUUGCAAAAUAUUAAUUUAUGUAACUUUCUGGUAUAUAAAUGUCUACAAAUGAAGAUUUCUUGUCUCUACUUAUUUUCUGUUAGGUCUUGUGUUUUCAGCUUGUUGUUUUGAGACUUACAAAAUACUGGCCUCUUUUUUUUUUUUUUUUUUUUUUUUUUUUUUUUAACUUGUUUUUUUUUUUUUAAAUAGUUAGCUAAUUAAGGAUGGAAACUAUGCCUUUCUUGGAGUGAUGUUUUACUAAGCUUGUCUAGAAAUGAAUUUGGGGAACAUUUUAUCUUAGUUUCUACUCCUAUCUUGUAGAUGGAGAAUACCAUCAAGCAGUCUGAAGCUGAAAGAGAAAGAGGGCUUGACACUCUGAGAAGACUACAUGACGAAUACAAACCCCUUAAGAGAGAGGUUGACAAAAUGAGGGGUUCUUUGGGUCUUGACAAAAUAGCUAACCUGGAUGAAGAAAACAGCCUUGCAGAGUAAGUGGGUUGUCAUUUAGUUGAAGAUAAGCUUAUUAGCAGUUUUAAACAUAUGAUCCCUAAGAGUGACUAGCAGACUACAUGUAAUUUCUCCUUACAAUGUCACCCCUAAAUCAUGCAUUAAGGUCAUGGGAAUAAACAAAAUUAUUGGCAACUAAGGAGGUUCUUGAUUGUUGAACAAAUUCUCCUUGUCAGCUUCUUUGGAACUGUUAAGAGAAGAGUAUGGAGAGAAUGCAUACUGAUAUUAGGAUGUAAAGGGUUAGUAAUAGUAGAAUCUACUCAAAAUACUUUGUACAUAGAAUGAAAGUUUUUUAUACACCACUGUUAGCUAGUGAUGCUGCGCUAGCCAUCACAAGCUUAACAUUUUUGCUAAGCCAACAAAACCGCACAUUGUUCACGUACAUGUAUUGUAUGCAAAAAUUGACAGUUUCACAACUGGUAAGGGUUGUGGAUAGGCCAAGGGCAGUUCAAGGUGUAGCCUUUCAAACGAAUGUAUUGAUGGGAAAGGGUCAGCGGUGGUAUAGACACUGAGAGAAACAAUGGGCAAAAUAACAUUACUCCCAACUUGGUUACUUUGGCUACGUGAAUUGUAACACGGCUUCAAAAAGUAACAGGCGUGAAGCAUGUAAUAUCCCCAGACAUCAAAUUAGCGAGGGUUUUAUGUACGCUUGUUUGGUAUGGUUUGAGAAUUAAAAUCGUGCAUUAUGCUACAGUUAAUGAGUGGCAGUGCUUAGAGCUUAUUUUAUGACGAGAAAAAAUAACUAUGAUCAUGUUCAUAUUUGUGAUUUAUUAGUGAUAAUCAGACUGAUGUCAUUACCGUUUAACACGGAGCCUGGGAUUACAAUAAACGUGAAAGUGUCUGACGAAUUCUUAGCUGAAAUAGUGGGUCUUUCUUGAGCUAAUUCAAUUUGGGAAAAAAUUGAAAAAAGAAAAAAAAUGUGGUUGCCUUCUUUCAUUCUUCAGGUUUCUCGAGCGUGCCCCUCCUGGUUGGAAGCCAGAACCACAGGAACCUCCUCCUCCCCCUGUGGCAUCCCAGCUAGCUGCCGCAGCAGCAGCUGCCCAGCAGCUCGUCAACAAGCGGGGUCCUCCAGGAGAAAGACACUUCCGCCAGCAGCAGCCACCCCCAAUGAAGGCGUGCCUGUCUUGCCAUCAACAGAUUCAUAGGAAUGCGCCCAUCUGCCCGCUAUGUAAAGCAAAGAGUCGUUCUCGACAUCCGAAGAAAACUAAAAGGAAACACGAAGAUUAAGAGAGUGGUGCUGACGGAUGACACGGUCUAAAGAGUGACUUUCAAUGUAGCCUUGGAACCAGAAGUGAACCUGUAACAAGUAUGAUAUGUUUAGUUCGAAACGCCUUGAUCGGUUAGAAUCGCCAUUGAUAAGGAUUCUCGGUUUCUCAAGUUCUUAUUUUAGCUAUAAUCAAGACUUAACGCCGUGAUUUCGACUCUUGCUCGAGUUUCCGCGUUUUUCUUUUUCUUCCCUUUAAAGUAUGUGUUUGUUUGGGUGGCGUGGUAAAUGAACGCAGCUGAUUUUUUUUCUCUCGAAAACGCGCUCUGCUAAAGCUUUUCAUAGUGCAAUUUGAUUGAAUGUCGUGAAAAGAUUUUGUUUUAGAUUAGUCUCCAGGGUAUCCGAUCAACCCGCCAUUAUAUCAAACUCACCACUACUAAACUUGCCACCACUGAUCAGACGUUGUGUUUAGCUUCCUGAGUUGACCGUAAACCGUCCUCGGUGACUACUAGAGCUUCAGCAUUUUUUCCUUUCAAUUUUCUGGAUUCCUUUUUUCAAAGACACCAAGAAAUCGCCUGGCAUGCACUUUGCGCGUUAGUUCUGCGGUAACUAACCUCGCCCGUGAUGAUUAGCGCAAGAUAGCACACAGUAUCCAACCAAUCGUAGCGAGCGCAUUUCUUUAAUAACUUAACCAAUUAGAGAGAUGUAGUAUACAUAGACCAAAAAUCAUAUUUAACGUGGUAAAUCUAUCUUAGACUGCAUGGACACAAAGUCAUAAUAUAUACAAACUGUAUUUAUUGAAUUCGAAGUAUAGAUCCAACAUAUAUUAAUUAAACAUGUACUGUUAUUUAAGUUGAUGUAAUCAUAAUUCUUAAUGCCAAUAAAUGUAUUUAACGGUUAGAUCUAAUUUGGUUCUGGGAUCUUGGCGAGGCCCCCACCAACCCGACAAUGCGCUCAUAAUUUUGUUUGUUUGUUUGUUUUUUUGGCCUUAGUUAGAAUUUCCAACAUGCCAAUUUUCUUAAAGUACAUAGAUUAAUCAACGACUAGAGAAAGCUGAAAUUGAGUUCAGAAAGUUGAAAUAAACACCAUGUUCCCAAC